AUGGUUGCUUUAACCUCCCUCCUGCAUGUCCUCCCUCUGCUCCUCGCCACGGCACAGGGCCAGCUCGCUGGCCGCGUUGGACCCUUGACGACCGCGGCGGAGAAGAACGGCCACCAGAACCCCAUCAUCGAUGCCUUUGCGGACUGCGGAAGAGGGGGCGUCAUCUACAUCCCUCCAGGCGAUUACCUCCAAACCACAUGGGUCCACCUCACCAAUGGCAGUGCCUUUGCCAUCCAGAUAGACGGAAUCAUCUAUCGCGGGGCCGCCCCCUCUUCGCAAUCGUACAUGUUCGAGAUCUCCUCGAGCAGUGACUUCGAAAUUUUCAGCUCAACAUCGCGCGGUGCCAUCCAGGGCAGCGGAUACCUGUAUCACCAGUCAGGUAACUUCGUGGGCCCGCGACUCCUCCACGUCAAUGGGGGAUCGGACUGGUCGGUUCAUGACCUGGCGCUUGUCGACUCCCCGAUGUUCCACUUUGUGAUCCAGGGGGCUACUAAUGGUGAGGUGUAUAAUAUGGCAAUCCGGGGUGGGGAUCAUGGAGGGCUGGAUGGGAUUGAUGUCAGCGGAACGAAUAUCUGGAUUCAUGAUGUCAUGGUCACGAACAAGGAUGAAUGUGUAACAGUCAAAGUAGGAGCCCCAACAAUCCUGGUCCCACAGUGUAUCAAGCGACUAACGUUGCAUCUUGGACAGACCGGGUCGAAGAACAUCCUCGUCGAGAGCAUUUACUGCAACAGUAGUGGAGGGUGCGCCAUGGGGUCCCUAGGCGCUGGGACCAACGUCAGCGAUGUCACCUACCGGAACGUCUACACAUGGUCAUCCAACCAGAUGUUCAUGAUCAAGAGCAACGGAGGAUCCGGGACUGUGUCGAAUGUCCUCUUUGAGAACUUCAUGGGCCAUGGAAACGCCUACAGCUUAGACUUCGACACAGCCUGGAGCAGCAUGUCCACGAUCGAAGGGGACGGCAUCGCAUACAGCAACAUCACGUUCCGCAACUGGACAGGCACCGAGGUCGACGGCGAGGACCGUCCGCUCAUUCGGGUCAAAUGCCCCGCCCUGAUGCCCUGCACGGAUUUGGCGAUUGAGGAAUUUGCCCUCUGGAACGAGGAGGGCCACUACGCAUUGCACGUCUGCGAGCACUCGUACGGCUCGGGCUAUUGCCUUUCCAACGCGACCGUCCCAGUCACUGGCACUGCGGCAGGCUACACCACGACGCAGUACAUCAACACGCCCCCGGCGGGCUACUCGGCCACCACGAUGGCCGAGGACCUUGCGACGGCGUUUGGAACCUCCGCCUCCAUUCCGAUUCCGACAAUCCCCACUUCGUUCUACCCGGGCUUGACGCCGUAUAGUCCCCUUGCGGGGGCUUCUGCCUUCCCGUCAAGUAGUGCCUAUCCCUCGAGCAGCUCCCACCCCUCGAGCAGUGCACUGCCGUCUUACAGAAGGAAUGUGACGGCGUCGGUCAGAUCCUCGACUCCGGCUGGAUUGUCAACUUUGGCCCACCAGACGCCGACUUCUUCUUCGGUGGUUUCGCCGUCCUCGGAGCCACCAUCCGCGUGUUAUUUCGCCACAUCAAGCCCGGAUGUCACAGUGGCCUCGUCAGCUUCAUCAUCGAUGUCCACCGCCUCGGCAUCCUCGGCUUACGAUUCGCAUACGGAGCAGCGCGUACCGCCGCGACCGCAUGGUCUGGGUGGGCAGCACCUCCAAUUUCAUCAGCACCACGGAGGUCGCCAUCCGUACCACUGA